AGCUGCGAAAAAUGCUAUGUGUGAGUCGUUCGCCAAACGCCUUUGCAGCAAUUAGAAGAGUUCGUAUCGCGAAGUAAGUUACAAUUCAUUAACGAGAUACUGAAUUGUAGAAAUAAGCGACUGCUUAUUUGAGUGACCAAAAUAAGUAUCAAUAUUGUCGGCGGAGAAUUAAUCUGACCUUUUUUUUAAAAACAUAUAACAAGGUACAACACCAUUUAGUAACAACAUGUUUUCAGAAAUUAUUAUAUAAUACAAAAAAUAAGUGUUAUAUGACGAAGGCUAGAAAUAUCUCGAUGCCACUAUCUAAGCCUGUUGUAAAUGAUCAGUUUAUAUCACUGAGCUAAAUAUACAUGUAUGCAUAUACAUUACAGAAGCUCUUUUAGAUCGUAGAUAUGUCAUUCGCACUUUACCUUUGAUAUACUCGUCAUUGGCCGUAGUCAUGUCAACUAUUUCAUUAAUUUUCAAUACUACGGAUCGACUAUCCCAUUUUAGAUAGCGAAUAUAGUAUGUUUCAUUAUUGGGUUAUUCAUAAUAAUAGAAUCACAAUUAUCAUUCAUGAUCGCUGUCAUUAUAUAUGCACGCUUUGUGACCUCCUGAAUAAACUGCAACCAAGGAGCUUAAACAAUUAAAUCUCUUAUUUUAAUUUUAGAUUUAGCUCGAUCUUAUAAACGUAACGAAGUGUGGACAAGUACCCUACCAUCGUUUCUCAACUGUUCAUGAGAUAUUGCAGGAUGUACGUAUGCAUGUAUUAUAACGUUUGUUUACAUAUCUCUAUUGAACUACUACAUUUUCCUACUGAACUUUGGGACACAUAGCGGUCUGGGUUUAUAAUUUUGCACAGAUAUGUACCUUUUCGUGUUAGCAGAGUUUAGCCACCUAAGGAAAUGCUUAGCAGUAGCGCCAGAUAUAAAACUCGGAUUUUUUUUUGCCCUCUCAACUGUGUGUUACUGUCGUUGGCGUGAUAGCUUGGGCGGCUAAACGCCUGCCUGGAAAAAAUAGCGGUCACUAAUUGCAAGUGUGUAUAAUUAUAUGGUAAGUGGGAUUACUGGAACUACCUAAUACUGCAGGCUUCUCACAGUCGGAUCGCCCGAGUCUAAGUCUUUCGUGAACAAGAAUACGUUCAUUCGUUUCAGCUCCUCUUCGAAUAGAACAGAGCCGGUGGUCCCGUGAUAGAUUUAAACGAGAAUGAAAAAACUUGUGUUUAUUCAGGAUCACUAAACAUUUCGAAGUGUACAUUUUAACUAGUGUUCGUCAAAUAUAGACCUUUAACUUUUACGCAAUAAUCUCAGUUUAGUCAAGUGAGGCUUCCCGACGGUGAUCUGAUGGAAGGCCGGUUAGUGAUCCCCUUGUGGCACAAUCGUCAGGUGCACACCGAUCUCGAACGUAUGACAAAGCCGGGUAACAUCUGUAAAAGGACUCCGUACAAUUGCGCCAACUACGUCGAUGUCGGAGGACACGGCGCUCUCAUUACGCCAUCGCUCGCUAUCAACCCAUCCAGGCAGUAUAGACAUACGUUGGCAGCUACCGGGCCGUUGAACGUAUUAGACGUUGCUUCAACAGAGUCGACUUCUAGACAUUUAGCGUUUGCAGUUUAUGAACCUGGAAUCGAACUAAGCAGUGGCAGAAUCCUCUACGGAGGACCCAUGGCAGGGCUAUAUUCCCAUCGAGUCGAUGCAGGAAAGCCAAGCGAUAGGAUGCCAGAGAAACUGAGCCAACAUGAGCAUCCCCUCGCUGUGAAGGUUCAAAAUUUUAACCCGGACUUGGUCACUGUAUCUGUGCUGUCUGCUGACAGUGUGAGCGUCUUACGUGGUGAUGAGGUGGUGGCAACGAUGAAUGUACCGAAGAUUGAUGCGUUUACAUCCAGCCCAUAUAUCGAGGGUGAACUAGCUGCUACUAGUCGAGGGGCCGUGCAUAUUGUCGAUGGUGAGGUCACCUACCAGAUCGCCCAACAGGGAUCACAGGAAUCACCAGGAAAAACAACGGGUAUCAGGGAUAUUCAGGACAUCUCGUUCUGGACGCAUCCACGGCACCUUGCACUUGUUUCCUUCGGGUCUCUUUCUCACAUGGACAUACGGACCAACGCGUCUCCCACGAAAUUGGUCGAGCCCGCCACUUGUCCUUACUUGCUGCCCAAAGAACUGCUUCUUUCGGCGCAGUUAAACCCACGCAAUGUGAACCAGAUGUUCUUGCUUGCCAGCGAUACUCUAUCAGUGUGGGAUGUUCGUUAUUCGAUGCAGCCAAUGGCUGUAUUUAAUCAUUAUGUGCCACGAUCAAAGACGUUGUUCGGAAUUCAGGUACUGACAACUGUCGAUGGCAACUUUUUAGCUAUGGUGCGUUCAUCCGAACGCAGCACGAUAUUCGAUCUCGAUCCAACAUAUCCUGCCCCCAAUAUCGGAACGCGCGGAUUGCAACUUCAGUUUGGAUAUCCAAUGGAUCUAGCUUACUUCUAUAAAGACCAAUAUGGUGAAGAUGUACCCACGACCGUGUUACAAAGACUGCAACAGCCGUGCGCUGGUUCCUGUAUAAUUCCCUAUAAGAAGAGUGUUGGAACCGAUAAGACUGGCGUCUUCUUCAAUUUGAUAUCGAUUACCACCUCGGGUGACUGGUUUCAACAACGAAUUCAACGACUACUGGAGCCCGAAGGCGAACAUGCUCCAGAUGCCACCUAUAAGGAAGUAACUUUUACUUACGGCUUAGAUGGGCCUACUCUGGACGAUAAUCAUUUAGAACAGGUUCGAUCUGCGAUUGCGUUUUUGGAGACGAAGGAACCUUCACCAAAAUGGGUGUAUAACGGACCUAGUCGUACCCUUUCGUUGACCGCACAGUCCGGACGACUAUGUUUAAUUUGUGGCUCUACCGUAUUGGUCUCUGAGGUUACCUUGGUAGCCCACGUGGACGUGUGUGAAAAAUGUGAGAAUGUGGCCCCAUCAUUAGGUGUUGUCUGGUCGUGCUCGGGUCUGCUUCGACAUCCUGUGGAACUGACACCCGAGGAAAAUGCGACAUAUAAGAAGUUGCUUGGUCCCAACAGCGGAUUUGCGGUUUCGGACGAGAUUCGAGCUGUAUGGGGCGACGUCGAGUGGCGAGUGAGAACUGAAGAUGAAAGCGAUGCUGGGCCACAUGAAGAUCGGGGCAACGAGGGACAAAAUGAAGAAAUGGACCAUUUUGAUGACUACGAUUGAAGAGACAUCGAAAUUUAAAUACAGUAGCGAUUAUUGAAAUUGGACGUUGUAACUGUGUAUAUGUAUAUGUGAUGCGUACAAAUAUAUAUUUAAUGCAGUACUCAAUACACCGAUUCUGCUCUGUGAUAUUCAUGCAGUGAAGGCGUAAGGGAUAAAAAAAAAAAAAAAAAACUAGUAGACCCAGCAAUAAACAUUACUUGUUUUAGUAAAAAAAAAAUAUUUUCAUGUACAAUGGAUUUCAUCGCCAGACCUAAACGUCAUCUUUCAGCAACCCUCUGAUAAAAACAUCCGUGUAUCGUUGUAAGAUUGAGAACAGAAAAGUUUUGCCGGUCUAUCCAACACGUAUUCAAAUCUUUAGCGUCCGCCUAAUCAAUGAGUAAAUAAACCAUACACAUUCAUAUUAAAUUUUAUUGCUGCCAUAUUUAUCAUUAUAUACAGUACGAUGAUUCAAUAUCAACACAAAACUUUGUCAUGCCAUAAUUAGUAAAAAAUUUCCAGUUACAAAAAUCCGGCCCAUGAGAGCGAUGCCUUUUAGAUACUUGCUGCAGUUGCCUUUAGUUGUCUUUAGCUAAUGUCUUUUUUGUCCAAAAUUUGUACGAGGUGCUCUGUUCGGAAGAAUACAGAAACCUCCACGUGGCAACUUAAAUUUUGGAUUGAUGCUAUAUAUUUCACGGUAUGCACCCAAUUCAAUGUAUCCUUACAAAUACCUGUUGUUUAGAUAUGGGCUUCUUAUUUCCAUUAACUAAGUAAACGAGCUCGGACAGCUCGCUAGAAAUAGUAGGUUAAUUUUCAUACUAUUCAAACUAAUCAUACCUUUAUUUCUGUUUAUAUUCG